AGCCACUGGGCCCUCUGCCUUACCAUGGCAGAGUCGACCCCACUUAGAGCUGACAGUGUGGCGGAGUCGACCCCACUUAGAACUGAAAGUGGCGCUGGGGAUGUUGCUGCAACUGCUAGUAGGCAAGAGGCGAGCCCCUUGAUGGCUUCUGGCGCGCGAGAAAACGCCAGCGAUGCUGCAUCUUUGCCCUUGACGGGGACAGGAGCAAGUCCAGCUAGUGCACCAACCUCCUCAAGUUCCAUGCUGAAAGCAGCGCUGUUAGCGCUUGGCAUCGUGGCCGCUUUCGGUGCUGGCACCUACUUGAGUCCACUGGUGUCCUCAGAGGCGGGCAAUCUGAAAAAUCUGGUGACGCGUGGGCAUGGAGACUCAGGAGGGGGCUUUGACUUCUUCCACUUUGGCGGGCCUGCAGUGAAGACAAACACCACAACUUCCUCAACCAUGACUAUGACAACAUCAACUUUCACCGCUACUUCGACCACAAGCUCCACACGAACAACACGGACAUCCACACACACGAGCCACACUUCCACGUCAAUGACUACCACCACUACUGCGAAAUAUCCUCCAGCAGGAGAUGGAUUUGAAUGCUUGAGUAACAUGUUCCUGGGCCCGGUGAAACAUGCCGAGAAGAAGGGUAUUGCCUUGGACGACACAACUUUCUCUGAGUGCCCGCAGCUGACCACCAAACGGUGGCCCAAUGCCAAAGAAAAGAUCACGUCUUUGCGUCUCUUCAAAGCAUGGGACGAAAAGUGGUCAGAUCACCUUGACCGUUUGACUGUGUGGAAGGAGCUCAAGAAUUUCAUUCAAAGAAACAAUGUCAAAGUGCUCUAUGGAACCCAGAUCUCCUGCAAUGAGACAGCUGAUGACCUCGACUGGAUCUACAUCAAAGAGCUCAUGUUUUUCAUAGGUAGAGAGCACGUCAUGGGACUGGCAAUUGGGAAUGAAGUGGAAUUGCUUCACACCCAGGACGUAUGCGACAAAAAAUGUGCGAAGCGGCUAUUCCAUGGCGGGUACUUCUACAAAAAGGUUAUGCAUCGAGCAAAUGAUUUGGCCGUCAUGCAGGGCUUCCAGGAUGUGACGCUGACCACCGUCAUGGGUGGCUAUGUCCUAGGCGGUUCGCCCUUUGUAAAUUCCGAGACAGCUGGUGUGUUGGACUUCUUUCAGAAGAUCAAUCGAGAUUUUGGUACUCGGUGGGCUUGGUCUUGGAACACGUAUCCAUACUUUGAUCCUCACAUUGUAAUGGAUGAGGGGAUUUUCCACACCUGCAACAAAGCGAUGAUGGCAGCCAUCAACUUUGCUCCAAGCAGCAUGCUGCCAGGGCAGCUUCGGGAGCUGAGGACCCGAAUGCAGAUGGUCACUGGUAGACCUGAUGACACAAUGUGGCUAACAGAAACUGGAUGGUCUUAUCCAAGAGCUUCCACUUUGCGGACGAAUAUGCAAAACUGUACCGAAUGGUCCACCAAAGAAGCGUUUGCUUUGUACUACCAGGGUUUUUUGGAAUGGGAUCUAUCGCUUGGGCCCAAUGUCCACGGCAUAGACCAUGCCUUCUUUUUCACGCUGCGGGAUGCGAUCAAUUUCGGGGACAAGGAGAACUUCGGCCUUAUCCGUUCCUGUGGAUCGAGAGGCUGUAAGAUGAGGCACGACGAGGACGAUGCACUAUGAGGCAUCAUGUGCAGGUUACCGAUCUGGCCGGCAACGACCGAGCACUUGUGCACGGCUCGCUGCUCGCCAUUAGACCUGCGCAGCAUUUUGGCUGGCUUCGGUGGCGUGAUCAGAUGUGUUAUUUUCGCGUAGGGGCGAGAGGCUUCAAAGUCGCCUCCAGGCAAGGCCUCCCACGUUUCUGCCUUGAGGAGGCUGCAAAUGGGGGCCACAAACGACCUGAGUGUUUGCAGUCAAAUUCAAGCACAUUGAAUAAUGUAGCUAGCCUUUUGCGUGGCAGCACACAAAGCACGGUGCCGCUCGCCUACAGGUCUCACUUAAGCACUUGGGUGCAUGUGCUUGUGGCCUUGCGGCUUUGUGCCGGACGGCGGCUGCACAGCCAAGUGGCUUCUUGAUUGAUGCAUCCAGAAGCAACGGACAAUGAAUUAUAUGGGCAAAGGAAUGGGAUGUCAGGCUGCGUGCUCGGCCUCGAGGCAAAACACCAGAAGUGCAAGCUGCUGCGCACAGAGCGACGCACUUUUUAGAUCAUAGCCUCACAGUACUACCCGCAGCUUUAACAUGACAAGAAAGUCCAAGCACUGAUC